AUGACCAAAGAGAACUUGGAAAUUGCUCUCUCCAAAAUAUUGGAAGUCGGCGUAGCCGGAGAUGUUCAUGUGAUAGCUGAUGAUGACUUACCGAUACAUUGUCUUGUCGCUAGUCAAGUGGUCACGUUUGGGCAAUGUCACAGCACACGCGAUUUACGGAUGUCGUGUGUUCAGGGCGCGUUCGCCAUAUCGUGCGACUUCGACGAAGGCUCGGACGCGAGUGCGGGAGGCCGGAGGCGAGUGCCGAGUCGAGGGCGAGCCGAGGGCCGCCGCGGUGCGUUGCGCGGAAGCGACCUUCCGAAUCUGCGACCUGCAUUCGCGAAUGUACUCAUCCAUCCGCCGGUCAUCGACUUACACAUAUUAUAUAUGUAUAUAUAG